AUGGCCCCAGUUGCAUUAAUAUUUGGUAUAACAGGACAGGAUGGGUCAUAUUUAAGCGAAUUGCUUUUAGAUAAAGGAUAUGAAGUUCAUGGGGUUAUUAGGAGAUGUAGUACAUUUAAUACAAAAAGAAUAGAUCAUAUAUUUGAAAAAUUAAAUUUACAUUAUGGUGAUUUACUUGAUAAUAGUAAUAUAUUUUCUUUAAUAACUAAAAUAAAACCAAAUGAAAUAUAUAAUUUAGCUGCACAAAGUCAUGUAAAAGUAAGUUUUGAAUUACCUGAAUAUACAGCACAAUGUACAGCUAUAGGUACACUAAGAAUAUUAGAAUCAAUUAAAUUAUCAAAAAUUAAUAAUAUCAAAUUUUAUAAUGCUUCAACAUCAGAAUUAUAUGGUAAUAAUAUUCAAAGUCAAUGUCAUAAUGAAAAUACACCAUUUAGUCCAGUUUCACCUUAUGGUAUAGCAAAAUUAUAUAGCCAUUAUAUAACAAAAAAUUAUAGAGAAGCAUAUAAUAUGUUUUGUGUUAAUGGUAUAUUAUUUAAUCAUGAGAGUCCAAGACGUGGUGAAACAUUUGUUACAAAAAAAAUUACAAAAGGGAUAGCAAAAAUAUUUAAAAAAAUUCAAACUGUUAUUACAUUAGGAAAUAUUGAUACAUUUAGAGAUUGGGGUCAUGCAAAAGAUUAUGUAUAUGCAAUAUAUUUAAUGUUACAACAAAAAACACCUAGCGAUUUUGUUAUUUGUUCUAAUCAACAUCAUUCAGUUCGAGAAUUUUGUGAAAUUGCUUUUGCAUUUGCAGGCUUAUAUUUAAAAUGGGUUAAUAAUGGAAUAGAUGAAGUUGCAGUAGAUCAAUAUAAUAAUAUAGUUAUUAAAAAAGAUAAAAAAUAUUAUAGAGAUUCUGAAAUUAACAAUUUAUUAGGAGACUGUUCGAAGGCAACAAAUAUACUUAAAUGGAAACCCAAUUAUAAUUUUAUGCAAUUAGUAUAUGAUAUGUUAGAAUAUGAUUUUAACGAUUAUGGCUUGCAACUUGAUGACUAUGAUACAUGCAUAAGUCGGUACAAAAAUUGCAAAAUUAAUCACGUAAAUUAA